UAGACGAAAAUACGCCCACGCGAACUGUCAGUGUGACAGCUAGAAUUGUGUUAAGUUUGGUUUGGUCGAUGUGAUUUAUUUUACCACUCAGCACAAGUUUUGCAUCACUUAUGGCGUUAAAUAAUAAGAUGUGAAGUAUGGAGCGCCACGGACCGCCCGGCGUUAACUCGCGCGCGCUCAGCGCCGCGCACUCCGCUGCCGACCUCGAGGUGCUGAGAGAGAUUGAAAAUGUCUACUUCUCUCCUCCCAGCGAGUUCGAUGCGGCCCGACACGCGCUGGAGAGCGCGCCCGACCCGCCCACGUGCGAUGCCAUCGAACAAAUGUUCACUAAACUCAAGAGGCAACAGCAGGUAGUAUCUGGCAAAGCGUUGCACCUCAUAUCCCAACAACGCGACAACUGCGAUCGCGAAUUCGCAGAAAUCCAGAACAUUCGAGAACAACUCGCCACCACCCUCCACACCUGUCAAACGGCCCGAAACCACCUGCGAACCGCGUCCAACCAUCUAACCAUAUCCACCUUUGUGAUCUUGGCUAACUUCAGAAAAAGACAGAUCAUCAGGUCAGUUCUCAAGUCCUUAGAAUUACUCAGGAGUUUGAGAAGUGUGGAGAAAGAUGUUCAGGAGUUGCUGCUUAAGAAGGAGUAUUGUGAGGCGAUUGAGCUGAUUUUGAAGAGUCGGAAGGCCGCUGGGAAUCAUAAGGAGUAUACUUGUAUAGCGGAUUUAGCGACAAGGUUACAGGAUACUUUAGACAUGACAGAAGAGAAGCUAGACUCCGUUUUAGCUAGUAUUUGUUAUAACUUCGAUGGAGAGACUUUUAGUAAGCUGAGGAAAGCACAUGCGUUGCUUGGGAAGAGCCAAGCUGCUAUGGAGCAGUUACAUAUGCAUUAUUCAUCAGCAGUUAAUGAGACGUCUUUUAAAUCAGUUAAAGAUUGCAUUGGGGAAGUCUCUAUCGAAGUAAAGUUUCAAGAGAUGUGUCAAUCUGUACCAAAGGAUAAAGCCGCCAUUUGCUUUCUAAAUCUUUGCGAGAAUUUGUUUCUUAUCAUGAGAAGUUACUAUUUAUUAGUGAAAUGGCAUUCGAAACAUGAGGACGAGAAUCUGCCAAGUUCUAGUGUGUUUGAAAUAGAAAGGAACGUUAGUAAGGAGUAUAUAAAACAGAAGUUGAAAGGAGGUCUAGUGAGAAUCUGGCACGACGUGCAAGCGAAAGUUUCAACGUUUUUGAAGAGUGCCUAUAUAGAGGAUUUUGCUUUUGAGAAGUUUAUUCAGAUACUCGGUAUUUUGAGGCGGCUAAUGCAAGUAGCGGAGGUAUUUUGCGGUGAUAAGUCCGAUAUUCUAGAGGAUUUCAUAAAGAGUCAUAGCAUGUCGUAUAUCAAGAAUUAUCACAGAGGACGUAUGGAGGAACUCAAACUAUUCCUUGAGAAUGAAGGAUGGGAGCAAUGCCCUGUCAAAUCAACUUUCACUUUGCUAAAUUUGCAAGAGUUUAAAAAGUUUAAAAAAUACCUGAACCCAAAUUUUGAUACGUCGAUAUCCAAAGUCAGCAGCACCUUGUCUGAUGGGACGUCGUCAGUACAUUCACAAGAUGAUAGUGUAUAUAUUGCAAAAUACUUUAACCAAAGGACUACUCAUACUCCUUUUGAGAUUUUCCGUAGCGACAAUGUAACUAAUGAUGAUAUAUUUGGUUUAGAACGUGAGAUAGACGGCAGUGAUACAUCUGAUGACGAACCAGAAGAAUUAAAGAGAGAUUUCGUUGAUGAUGACGCUAAAAGCCCGUCGAAAGUUAAACAUUCCGUCAUAGUAACUAACACAACUUUAUCAGUUUUAAGAAACUGCGGGCAGUAUUUGCAAAUAUGUAGAUAUCUCCCGCAAAUAUCUUUAGAAGUCGUCAUGCUUAUGAACCAGCUUUUCGACUUCUAUUUCUACACUGUACAUUUAUUCUUUACUUCCGAUCUUGAUGUAGCUUCAACUACUUUAUACACUUCCAAGUUAACAGCUACUUUAAAAAGAAUAUCUAACUCUAUCGACACUUCUCAAUCAGGAGACUCUAAAACCUUCCUUUGUCCAGAAAUACCUCAGCAUUUAGACUUAUCUUCUGAAGAGUAUCUCCAUGGCUUAAGCGAGCGGAUAGUAGCAGUGGAAAGCGUCAUCUUCCUCGCGAAGCAAUUUGAGUUUUUACAACCGUAUUUAGAGUCCAUAGUCGCUCAGCAUCAGAGACUGGUUUUAGAGCAUUUUAGAGAUAACACACUAGCCAGUGCGGUGGAUUUAAGGAUGCCCGUUUAUAUGUGUUCUGCUUCCAAAGCAGUGGAUGCGAGAACGACAUUACUGGCAAUGUCUCAAGUAAGAUGGGAUGUUAAAAAUGUAGAGGUAGAAAACAGCCCCUACGUAGACGUGAUAACCAGAAAAAUUCAAGUGUUUGCAUUAAGAUUGGAGAAUAUAUCAAAGAAGGUUACUCUUAAUCUAGAAGUUAUAAACUCAGUUUGGGCAAUGGUGUCAAAAUUCAUCGUACAUUUGCUGGUUGAAGGCUUUUCUAAUGCCACUAAAUGUUCAAAUGGAGGCCGAGGGCUGAUGCAACUGGAUUAUAGGCAAUUGUUUGUCAAGAUAGAGAAAAAUUCCGGUCUUAAACCUGUUCCGUACCAAGAGUAUGUGGACAGGUAUGUUAAAGCGUACUAUUUGCCUCGAAACGAGUUGGAAGAAUUCAUCAGAGAGAGACUAGAGUAUUCGAACAAACAUUUGCUGGCUUUAGUGAGCUGUGCGUGCGAAAAUAAGAGAGAUAGACAAGAAUUGACUGCUGUUAUAGAGAGGAGAGAUACUUAAAACUAUAAAGGUCGCUUUAACUGAUUUGUCUGUCCCGUUCGGGACGUGUCAUUUAUAAAUGACACGGAAGUAAAAGAAAUAAAAUUAAACGGCUAUGUUACUUAAAUCAUAGAGAAGUGAGUAAGCAUAGAGUGCUCACUCCAGACAUUUAUUGUUACCAAAACGCUUAUUAUUUUCGUAGUUGACAUCUAGCGUCAAGUAGCGAAUUUAUUAGUACCGCUACUUGACACUAGAUGUCACGUGUGUCGCGACUGACGAAAAGUGUAUUGCUUAACAAUUUAUAGCUGAAAAUUGUUGAGCAUUAGACUUUCCGUUCGUUGCGACAUCUAUUGUCGAGUAGCAGUACUGAUGAAUCCGCUACUUGACGCUAGAUGUCAACUACGAAAAUAAUAAACGUUUUGGUAAGAAAACUGAUGUAUGGAGUGAGCACUCUAUGCUUACUUAUUUCUCUAUGCUUAAAUGGAAUAAUGAGACUAGAUUUAUAUCACAAAAAUUAUAUAAAGAAGGCGGUAGAUCUAGCUAAUCGGGCGAGGUGCCCAAAAUGAUCUGAACACAAUGCUUAGAAAUAAAGGAAAAGUAGAAAUAAUCUCUAUCUCGCGACUAGGAUACCAGCCCGCCACCUACCAACUGAGCUACCGAGACCCGUUGACAGUUGAUUUUAAACACCUCGCCCGCUUAGGUACCUGUACUGCUGAUUGUAUGCAUUGGUGUUAUGUUAUGUACAAAAUAAUAGCGAAUUUAAAAUAUUCAGCUCUGGAAUGGUUUUUUUUUCUAUUGGCUGCAUGUAUACUAUAUCUACAAACUGUAAACCAUAGAGUAACUUAUACUAGAGCGGUACUGUCAUAGUAAAUUUUGUAACCCCAGUACCCCAGUAAAUUCACUGCCAUCUGUCGACACACUUUAAAACUAAAAAUGAAGAUUUAUAAAAAUACGAUAAAAUGUAUUUAAAUAUGGAUCUGAUUUUUUUUAUUUGCAUUAAUUAUUUUUUAUGAUUUUGACCCAUUUUCUUUCACUGAUAUGCGUUAAAAUUGUUAAAUAACAAACGAAACCGUCAACGCCAUCUAUACGAAAGUAGGCCAAAGCUAGUAGCGCCCUCUGAACGAGAAUCAAUUUUUCUUGAUUUUCGAGGCACGUUUUUUCCUUAGACUGUAUCCAUCUAUUACGGAGUUAUAUCUAUCUUUGCUGUAAACAAACCGCCUUGAUGCAUCCAUAUCCAUGUCAUAUUUAUUCGUCAAUAAUCUGUGAAAACUUGUCAAAAAACUGUUUGGCAUAGCAUACAUAAGUUACACUGGUUUACGGUUUGUGCUAGUGCUGCCUCUGGCGGCAGAAUAUUGCAUUGUUACUCUCUAUUGAUAUGUAAAGCAUGUAAAAUUGUUUACAUGAUUUCAAGUCACUAUGUUCUAUUUAUAAAAUUAGAGAACUAUGAAAUUAUUAUAAUUAAAAAUAAUAAAAUGACAUUAUCGAGUAAUAUUAUACUGUAUUUUGUAUAUUCAUUUAUCUUGUACGUUAAUUUAAGAAAAACGUCUUAGACAGACAAAAUCACGCAAUCUCAAAAAAAAAAGACAUUAAUUAUAGGGACAUAUUUAUAUUCUUUUAUUUGUAGGCAGUAACAGUAUUUUUGAAAGCUUGAUAGUAAAUAAAUAUUUGUUGGUCACA